AUGUCCAUGACAAAAGCAUUAGUUCACAAAUUUAGAGAUAUUCUGCGAGAAUAUAUGAGGCAGAUAUUCCUGGCAGCAAAGGUUGCACGCCUGGAGAAGUUUGAGAUCCCUGCAAAGAUCAAAUUGCUUUCUGAACAAUGGACUCCCGAAUCUGGCCUUGUCACUGCCGCUCUCAAGAUCAAGAGAGAGGCUAUAAGGAAGGCAUUCUCUGAGGACCUUGAUAAACUAUACUCAUCAUGA